CCAGAGGACUCCCACCUGAGUCUAGGUUCCUCCGACAUGGCUCCAGAGAAGGACAGCAACGGUCUGGACAAUUAUGCUUUUGCCCUUGAAGGACGGUUUUGUGAUCUGGCUGGAACACAACACGGCGAGGAGGUGGAGAGCUCUGUGGAGGAGGACACCAACAAACUGGCGUACUGUGUGACCGACGUGCCCCCCUGGUACCUCUGCAUCAUCCUUGGCAUCCAGCAUUGUCUGACUGCGUUCGGGGGCAUCAUCGCCAUCCCCUUGAUCCUGUCCCAAGGCCUUUGUCUUCAGCACGAUGGUCUCACCCAAAGCCACCUCAUCAGCACCAUCUUUUUUGUCUCUGGCAUCUGCACUUUACUCCAAGUCACAUUUGGGAUAAGACUCCCGAUACUUCAAGGUGGCACAUUCACACUCCUGGCACCUUCGAUGGCAGUGCUGUCCAUGCCCGAGUGGACGUGUCCCGCCUGGACUCAGAAUGCAAGUCUCGUCAACACCUCGUCCACAGAAUAUAUCGAGGUCUGGCAGAGUCGCAUGAGAGCCCUUCAAGGAUCCAUUAUGGUGGGGUCGUUAUUCCAAGUGUUUGUGGGAUUUUCUGGUCUCAUCGGCCUUUUCAUGCGUUUUAUUGGGCCCCUCACAAUUGCUCCCACCAUUUCUCUCAUCGGACUGUCUCUGUUUGACUCUGCGGGUACUAGCGCUGGGAAUCACUGGGGUAUUUCUGCGAUGACAACAUCUCUGAUCAUUCUCUUCUCGCAGUACUUGAGGCACAUUGCAGUACCCGUUCCCUUCUAUAGCAAAGCGAAAAAACUGCACACCACCCGCAUAUAUGUCUUUCAGAUUUUGCCUGUAUUACUUGGAUCGUCAAUAUCUUGGCUCAUCUGCUACCUCUUGACCAAAUACAACGUCCUUCCCACGGACCCUUCGCAGUACGGUUACCUGGCCCGCACUGAUUUAAAGGGGGAUGUCAUGGCUCAGGCUCCAUGGAUCAGUUUGCCGUACCCCGGUCAGUGGGGCAUGCCGACUGUGAGCCUGGCUGGAGUUGUGGGCAUCUUAGCUGGGGUUAUUUCCUCUAUGAUUGAGUCAGUUGGAGACUACCAUGCUUGUGCGAGGUUGUCCGGGGCUCCACCUCCACCUAAACAUGCUAUCAAUCGGGGCAUUGGUAUUGAGGGCUUGGGCUGUUUGCUGGCUGGAGCUUGGGGAACUGGAAAUGGCACCACAUCUUACAGUGAGAACGUCGGUGCUCUCGGUAUCACCAAGGUUGGCAGUCGGAUGGUGAUAGUGGCCAGUGGAGUCCUCAUGGUGGUUAUGGGGGUAUUUGGAAAAGCAGGAGCUAUAUUUACAACAAUCCCUUCACCUGUGGUAGGAGGGAUGUUUAUGGUCAUGUUUGGGGUCGUCGCUGCUGCAGGAGUGUCAAAUCUACAGUAUGCUGACAUGAAUUCAUCUAGAAAUAUUUUCAUUUUUGGCUUCUCCAUGUUUUCUGGUUUGGUAAUACCCAACUGGAUACUGAAGAACCCUAACACAUUUGCCACAGGUGUGGUAGAGCUGGACCAGGUCCUGCAGGUGCUCCUGACCACCAGCAUGUUUGUGGGGGGAUUCUUUGGCUUCAUACUUGAUAACACAAUCCCAGGAUCUAAACAAGAGCGAGGUAUCUUGGCCUGGAACAAGGCUCAUGAGGACGACUCCAGUAACACUCUGGAGAGUGGAGAGGUCUAUAACCUUCCCUUUGGCAUUAACAGUUGCCUGAGCUCCUCCUGGCUGCAGUACCUGCCCUGCUGCCCCCCCACUGUGCCCCUCUCUAAGGAGGGCAGUGGAGCGGACAUCAAUGCCCUGGAGCCUAAGCAGCCUCUGGGACACCCACAGCCUGCACCCAUCAUCAUAGGAGUCACUUUGUGA